CUUUCCCGCGACGGCGGGGCGAUGCCGGGAAACCGGCAGCCAAAGAUCCGCUCCGGGAACGAGCCUCGUCCCGCGCCUGCCAUGGAACCGGCGGGUCGCGUGGCCUGGGCCAACAGCCGCGCCGCGCUCGACCGCUUGGAGAACCUGCUGCGCUGCUCGCGCUGCACUAAUAUUCUGAGGGAGCCUGUGUGCUUAGGAGGCUGUGAACAUAUCUUCUGUAGUGAUUGUGUAAGUGACUGCAUUGGAAGUGGAUGUCCUGUGUGUUAUACCCCUGCCUGGAUACAAGAUGUGAAGAUAAAUAGACAAUUGGACAGCAUGAUCCAAAUUUGCAGUAAGCUUCGAAAUUUACUACAUGACAAUAAGCCUUCAGAUUUGAAAGAAGAUACAUUUAGGACAAGUUUAUUUAGUGAUGCAGAAAACAAGAAGAAUUCAAUAAAAAUGUGGUUCAGUCCUCGAAGUAAGAAGGUCAGAUAUGUUGUGAGUAAAGUUUCAGUGCAAACCCAGCCCCAAAUGAUAAAAGAUGCAAAUGCUCAGCAGGCCUCAACGUAUGAGUUUGUUUCAACAAGUCCACCUGUAGAGGUUUCCAAAAGGGCUAGAAAGGCUUCUACAAGAUCUGGAAAAAAGCAAAAGAAGAAAACUUUAGCUGAAAUCAACCAAGAAUGGAAUUUAGAAAAUGAAGAUGGUGAACUUGACUCCAAAGAGGAAUGUAAGGAAAAGCUUGUAUCCUUCUGUAGCCAACCAUCUGUUAUUGCUACCCCUCUGAUAAAUGGGGAGAUAGACUUACUAGCAAGUGGCUCCAUAAUAGAACCUGAAUGUUUUGGAAGCGUAACUGAAGUCUCUUUACCACUAGCUGAGCAAAUAGAGUCGCCAGACAUUGAGAACAGCAAUGAAGUAGUGACUCCUGAGGGGAAGGUCUGUGAAAAUUAUCUUACACCUAAGAAAGCUUUGUCCUUAGGUCAUAAUGGAAAACGUGGGCAUCUCAACAGACUUUCCAAUCCCAUUUCUAAGAAACGGAAAAAGAACAUUCAGAGCACCAGUGGAGAUUUUGUUAAGCAAAUGAUGCUCUCAGAAAACACACCAUUGCCUGACUGUUGUUCUCCACCUCCAGGCAAACUUGAAGUUGGUGACAUGUUAAGGAGGAAAAACAGUAAUACAUCACAUAAAUCCAUUAGCCUUUCACCAUGUACACUACCUUCCACAUUGAAUAGUUCAAGUUACAGACGAAUGAUGUCUACUCCCUCAACAAUGAAGCUGUUGCCCAAUUGCAUUAUGGCUAUGAAAAGAAAUCAUAGAGGAGAGACUUUGCUCCAUAUUGCUUCUAUUAAGGGUGACAUACCAUCUGUUGAAUACCUCUUACAAAAUGGAAGCGACCCAAAUGUUAAAGACCAUGCUGGAUGGACUCCAUUGCAUGAAGCCUGCAAUCAUGGGCACCUGAAGGUAGUGGAAUUGUUGCUACAGCAUAAGGCAUUGGUGAAUACCACCGGGUAUCAGAAUGACUCACCACUUCACGAUGCAGUCAAGAAUGGACACGUGGAUAUAGUCAAGCUAUUACUUUCCUAUGGAGCCUCUAGGAAUGCUGUUAACAUAUUUGGUCUGCGGCCUGUGGAUUAUACAGACAAUGAAAAUAUGAAAUCACUAUUGCUGCUCCCAGAGAAGAAUGAAUCAUCCUCAACUAGCCAUUGCUUGGUUAUGAACACCGGGCAGCGUAGGGAUGGACCUCUUGUACUUAUAGGCAGUGGGCUUUCUUCAGAACAACAGAAAAUGCUCAGUGAGCUUGCAGCAAUUCUUAAGGCUAAAAAAUGUGCUGAGUUUGACAGUACAGUAACUCAUGUCAUUGUUCCUGGUGACACAGUUCAAAGUACCCUGAAGUGUAUGCUUGGGAUUCUGAAUGGCUGCUGGAUACUAAAAUUUGAAUGGGUGAAAGUAUGUCUACAGAGAAAAGUGUGUGAACAGGAAGAAAAAUAUGAAAUUCCUGAAGGUCCACAGAGAAGCAGGCUUAACAGAGAACAGCUGUUGCCAAAGCUGUUUGAUGGAUGCUACUUCUAUUUCGGGGGAACCUUCAAGCACCAUCCAAAAGACAAUCUUAUUAAGCUCGUCACUACAGCUGGGGGUCAGGUGCUCAGUAGAAAACCCAAGCCAGACAGUGAUGUAACUCAGACCAUCAAUACAGUUGCGUAUCAUGCCAAACCUGACUCUGAUCAGCGCUUCUGCACACAGUAUAUCAUCUAUGAGGAUUUAUCUAAUUAUCGCCCAGAGAGGAUUCGGCAGGGCAAAGUCUGGAUGGCUCCUUCAAGCUGGAUUAUAGACUGUGUGAUGUCCUUUGAGUUGCUGCCUCUCACCAACUGAAUAUCGUACCAGGAGAACACUUCAAAUUGAACUUGCAUGGUUUGUGAGAAGCCAGCCAUCGUGCUGUUUUCAAUAUUCACACUUUUAAAAAUAGGUA